AUGGGACUGUCUAUGUUCUACGACAAGAGACUGCCCUAUAAGGAUCGUCUGAAUUUCCUAGACUAUGCCCACGCGAAAGGUGUUACUUUUUGGGACUCAGCUGAUGUCUAUGCUGACAAUGAAGACAUCCUCGCAAAUGGCAAGCGCGAUGACAUCUUCCUUGCGACCAAGUUUGGCAUCAAACAACAUCCCGGCCAGCCAUCAUCCAUCCACAACGGUCCAGAAUAUGUCCGUGAAGCGUGUCUCAAAAACCGUGGCUGUCUCGGGCUAAAGCCAGGCGAUGCCAUCGAUCUAUACUACUGUCAUCGGAUUGAUCCCAAUCAACCAAUUGAAAUUACUGUCGCUGCAAUGGCAAAGUUGGUGGACGAAGGCCUGGUCAAGUAUCUUGGCCUGAGUGAAUGUUCAGCCGACACUCUCAGACGCGCCUAUCGUGUUCAUCCUAUCGCAGCCGUGCAGAUUGAGCUCUCUCCCUUCGCCAUUGACAGCUUGAAGAAUGGUCUGAUCGACGCAUGCCGUGAGCUUGGGGUUACAGUUGUUCCAUAUUCACCAUUCAGCCGUGGGUUCUUAACUGGUAAACUGCGGAGCCCAGAUGAUCUUGAUGGGAAUGAUCGUCGUCGCAUCCUGCCCCGAUUUUCCAAUGAGAACUUCGACAGAAAUUUGGCCAUCGUGAGAAAGAUUGAGGAGUUGGCCCUGAAGAAGCAUUGUUCUGUGGGACAACUUACUUUGGCCUGGAUAUCUGCACUCUAUGACAGAAUCAUCCCGAUUCCCGGCACUACGAAAUCGCAAAAUUUGGACGAAAAUAUUAGCAGUCUCAGUGUUGAGCUUACCGAAGGGGAUAUCGAGGCAGUGAACAGAGUUGCAUUCGCAGCGGACAUUCAGGGUGACCGUCACCCGAAGAGUAUGAUGCCCUAUCUGUAUGUUGAUACAGCCCCUCUAAUGGGAACUGAUGUUUAA